GGAAAAACGAAAUUCCUGAGCAAAGCAAAGCUUGCAGAUCAGAGUGGCCAGGCUGUGGUGAUGUUCACAUCUGAGACAUAGACAGACCCAAUGAGAGUGGAUUUGGGGCUGACCUGCGUAAGCAAGUGCUAACAGGAACUGGACAAUUAGAACCCUCUUCAUUCUGCAACAGAACAAGUUUGACAGCAUGAAUUUACAAAGCAGCAUCUUCUUGCUUUUGCUUUUUCCACAUUUUGUCCACACAAUUGACUAUUUUCCUGAAAGGCAUCCAAAGCAAUCCAGUGUAAAAGGACCGCCGCCUUUCCUACCAUUCAAUGCAAAAAGUCAAGUUAUUCCAAGUGGGCUUGAGCAGGGGCCACCAGGUCCCCCAGGACCAAUUGGUCCGAGAGGUUUGCCUGGACCACCAGGACCUCCAGGAAAGCCAGGUUAUGGAACACCUGGGUCACAAGGAGCUCAAGGAGUACCCGGACCCCCUGGAUUCUCCUCUAUUGGAAAACCAGGACAACCAGGAAUACCUGGAAAGCAUGGGGAACGUGGAGAACAAGGAGUGAAAGGUGACAUUGGACCUAUUGGUCUUCCUGGGCCAAGAGGACUACAGGGACCACCUGGAUUACCUGGACCAGCUGGAAUUUCUGCAACUGGAAAUCCAGGUCCUCAAGGAGCAGUAGGAAACCCUGGGCCAAGAGGAGUUCCUGGAUUUAAAGGUGAACCUGGUAUGCCUGGUAUUAAUGGACAAAAAGGACCAAAUGGCUAUGGACUUCCAGGUCAACCAGGUGAGAGAGGACCUUCUGGUAUGCCCGGGCCACCUGGUCCUCAAGGGCUCAUUGGAAUAGGCAAACCUGGCGCAAAUGGUUUUCCUGGACAACCUGGAAAUGUAGGUGAAAGAGGCCUACCUGGUGUACCAGGGAUACAAGGUCUACCUGGGCCUCAAGGACUACCUGGACAACCUGGACCAACUGGAAUUGGUAAGCCUGGAAUAAAUGGUGCUCCCGGUCUUCCAGGGCCAUCUGGACCUAAAGGACAUCCAGGACUCCCAGGCAUGCCCGGCCCUCAAGGGAUGCAGGGCUAUGGGAAGCCAGGCUUACCUGGAGUAAAAGGGUUAAGAGGAAUUGAAGGUAUCCCUGGGAAUCCUGGGAUAAAAGGAGACCAGGGAGAAAUAGGCCAUCCAGGACAGCCAGGGAUGCCAGGUUUGCCAGGAAUUGCAGGUGUACAGGGACAUAGAGGGCUUCCGGGAGAAGCUGGCUUUUCAGGGCAUAAAGGUGAUAUUGGUCCAAAAGGUUCUCCAGGGGCACCUGGACCUAUUGGUGAAAGAGGUUUAGCUGGUUUAGAUGGAAAACCAGGCUACCCAGGUGAGCCAGGACUUUCUGGACCCAAAGGGAUUCCAGGGAUUCCGGGGCAGAAAGGAGAAAAGGGUAUUGUAGGACCACCUGGGGUGCCUGGAAUAACUGGUCCAAUAGGCCCCAGAGGGGAAGCUGGUUACAGUGGAGAACAAGGUCCAAGAGGAGCUACAGGCAUACCAGGUAUGAGAGGGCAAACAGGAGCACCAGGGAUUCCAGGUCUUCAUGGUCAAAAGGGUGAACAAGGUGUUCCUGGUUUACCAGGUCCAGCUGGUAUUGCAACAAAUGGCAUGCAAGGACCAAUGGGACCACCUGGAAUUCCUGGUUCAAAAGGGAUCAAUGGUGAGCCAGGAUUACCAGGGCCACCAGGUCCACCAGGCCUACCUGGUCAGUUCAUAAUGCCACAUCAAAUGCCAGAUGGCUAUGCAAAAUCAGGGCAAAUUCAAGGUCUAAGGGAGAUUCGGGUGUCAGCAUUUACUGCUAUUCUUUCCAAAGCAUUUCCAGCAGUUGGAAUACCCAUAAAAUUUGACAAAAUCUUAUAUAACACACAAAAUCACUAUGAUGUCCGAACUGGAAUUUUUACAUGUAGGAUACCAGGGCUAUAUUAUUUUUCUUACCAUGUGCAUGUGAAAGGCACAAAUAUUUGGGUGGCAUUGUAUAAAAACGGUACACCAUUAAUGUAUACAUAUGCUGAAUACAAAAAAGGGUACCUUGACGAGGCAUCUGGUAGUGCUGUCAUAGAUCUUACUGAAAAUGAUCAAGUUUGGCUACAGUUACCUAGUGCAGAAUCUAACGGUCUAUAUUCCUCUGACUACAUACAUUCCUCUUUCUCAGGUUUCUUAUUUGGCCUAACAUGAUACAUUAUACAUUCAAUUUUAAACCUGAUGCUUGAAAAUUGGUGUUAUUUUAACAAAUUAUUUUUUGUAGAGGGGGGUGAUAUGAGUAUAAUACAGUGCAUUGUAUUUUUUGUUUUAGUUGCAUGGGUAAUUGCUGUAUGUUUUUUUUCCUUAUUUUUAUUUUAUUUUAUUUGAAUGAUACUAGGAAUCCAAACCUGGCACUUUACUUCAUUGACAUGUCAGCCAUAUAAGGUGCUCAGCCAAAUACAUAUUUAAAGUGUACCCAACCUUUCAACAAACUUUGCAUUUAUCAAUAGUAAAGCAUGUGUACAUGAGGAAUAACAAUAUUUCUGGCCAUUAUAUGACUUGUAUCUGGCAGUAUCUGGCACUUUUUAGCAGUUUUCUUAUCUGUAUGCUAGAUCAUCAGUUUGUAGUUUUCCCAGACCUGAUGGGUGGGGGCUAGCUCCCAUCCACUGCACACAGAAAGUAAAGAAGAGUCGGCUUUAUAACUUUCUCACACUCACUCAAAAGCAGCCUUAGGAUCAUUAAAUACAUUACAGAGUACUGACCUGCACAGAUGUGAAUAUAGUACUUGAGCUGAGAUAGUAACUGUCUAGUUAGCUGUGCAGUCUCUCUUCCUAUUUGUGUUUCACUCAUUUCCUGCUAACUCCUCUAUCCUCCCCUCAGCGUAGAAUUGUAUGGGAUGAUGUAAUCUUAUCCUUGAGAACAGAGUCAUCCUGGCCUCAACAAAAGGAAUUUAUAAUACAUUUCAGAGUCAGUCACUUUGCAAAAUAGUGGAUUGGAAGAAACAGCUGAUAACUCUAAAACAAGGCAAUUUUCUCUGAUAAGAUACAUUAUAAAGUUUUGUAUGAUUGCUUGUACUAUUGGUUUAUGAAAAGUUGUGUGAAAAGUUAGUGACUAUUUAACGUUAAAGAGGUCUGUUUGCAGUUUUGUCAAUGUAAAACACAAAUAUCUGCUAUUAAUCAAUAUAGUGCCAUAAAAAUAACUUCUAUCUCUUGGCUGUAUGAUACAGCCAUCACUCUGAGCAGAGGGGAUGGGCUGUAGAGGUGUUCAUGCACAGAGCCUGAAGCACUGCAUUCUACGAACCCACCCCAAUGCAGGUGUGGGAGUGGUGCCUGCGGCAUCUAUUAACAGAAGCAACUGUCUACCUAUGUCCAUUAGCAGUUUUGGAUUGACAAAACCGCUGUCAGACUCCCUUUAGGUAGUACUUUGAAGCUACAUUGUAAUAAGAAUAUAUCUAUUAUCCAAACUGCCUUAUUGCAUCAUUUAUAAUUAUAGUAGACUGCAGAAGGCACAUAAAGAGAGCCACUGGGAAUUAUGAUUUCAGCCUGCCAAAUUACACAAUUCACUUUUAAAAGGGUUAUGCCAUGAUUAAAAGGGAAAAAACGAAAAUCAGACAUCAUAUAGUACAUGAUAAUCUCUUUCUAACAAAGUUACAAGCAGCCGUGUACCUCACAUGGAACCAGAGAUCUCUCAAUGAAUUGCUCCAUUUAUUCUGAUUGCUCCAUUUAUUCUGCUGGUUGUCAGCUCAAAGCGUCAUAGCCUUUCUGGUGUAGCAUCUAACAGAAGAUAUGACUGGUGGCAGUUGAAGAUUUAAAGGAAUAGUCCCGUCUCACUGUUACUAAGGCGAGGUGAGACACAGUUCUGACCACCUCCAGGCCGGGAAACAGCAAAGCGUUCUGGUGCUCUGCUGUUUCAGUAGCUCCCAUUGCUGUGUAUGAGAGCUACUGAAACGGUGUAGUACAACAAGCUAUGCUGUUUAUGAGUUAGGGAAGCAUCAUAGCUUGUUGUGCGGCGCUGUUUCAUUAGCUGUCAUGCACGACUAGAGCGCUCAGCUGUUUUCCAGCCUGGAGGUGGUCGGAACGGUGUCUCAUCUUGCCUUAGUAACAGCGAGAUGAGACAACCCCUUUAAGCUGAGUGUGUGCAACCACCUUAGCGGGGUGGACAGAGAAAUAAGGAAAAUAACAAACAGCAGGUGGCGCUAUACAGAUACAUUUUAUUCAAUAACUCAGUAACUAUACUACAUUUUUAAUCACAUGCAAUUACAAAAAGUAUUCAAAUCCAGGUGCUGGUUUAAAAAAUGCUAAAUAUUUUCAUGGCACAAUUCCUUUGAGGCACAUAACUUUGAACAGCCAUGCCUCCACAUGAAUGUUUUUUAUGUUCAAACUUCUAUGUUGGUAUAUUUACAAGGGGAGAGCUUAGUUACCAUAAAUUAUAACAUUCAGUUUGCCUUCAGUUACCACUAGGGAGAGCUUAAGGGCUUUGUGGCUAUUGUUUUUAUUAUGGAAAUUUCUAAUCUUUCUAUGCCUCUUUGUGGCGAUAACUGUCAUUGAAUGAGUAGGACCGCCCACUGGACUCAUGCGCUCAGAAAGAGCAAAUGAAUUACAAGUUAAAUUUAAUCUUUUCCGACCAAACGACAUAUGAAUCUGCUCAGCUCCUCCUGCACUAAACCAUGCUUUCUAUAGAUGGGACUGCAUGUCUUUUAAAACGCAAAAUGUCUACAUAGAAAACAAACGUGAGCCAUAAAAAGACUAAAGCUCUGUUCAUAUUUGCAAUAAAAUGAUGGACACCAUGAGGGAACAUGACAGAUCCCAUUACCAGUCAAUAGGGUCUGUGUGCCAUUUGGUUCUGUCAACUAUAUUUUUGAUAUGACGUCAGUUGUCACAUUUAAACUUGCUUCUCAGCAACUGACUGCAAAAUAUCAGUCUCUGGGCAUAUAAAUUCGAUUUCUACAGAAGAGCAACGCACUUUAUGGAACAAUAAAGUGUCUGAUUUUUACAAUUCCUCUUGAUAAUACAUAAUGUUAAGAUGGCCAGACACAUUAGACAGACAUAGUUUUAUGGUUGAACAACAGUUAAACAAUGGUCUAGACCAACAUGUUUAAGUUACAUUAGUCCAAUCAAUGACACCAGGUGAAGGAUGACAUUAAUGACACCAGGUGAAGGAUGAAGGAUCUUUCUGGGAAUGUUCUUUCAUGGACACAUUGUCUAUGGAUCAGUGACUAUCAGAUUAAUAUUUAAAAUAUGGGCAAUUUUUUUUCCAGAUGAUGACACUCCUUCAUCAGUUGACUUAAAAAGGUUGACAAAUUUCACCCAGCAAAUUAUUAUUUUGGUUGAAAUCAUCUGUGUUGAUGACCUUAAGACUAAUGUGUAUGGCCACCUUUACACCGUCAUCAGUGACUGGACUGUGUCAGCUAAUGCCUUGACAAGAAAGCAUUUCAGAGAAUAAACUCCAUCUUCAGAUUGUGAGACAUUGAUUUAUUCACCCAAGCACACGUUUAUUUUAUGUGUAGCUUCUCAGAAGGUUCUUUUUAAAGGUGUUUUUUGUGCAGUUCUCAAGAAUGGAAACUGUGGUGUUCCGGCUCUGUACACUGUCUACUUCUGCAACUGCGACUGCUACUAAUAUUUGAUAGGUGGGGAGUUCUGGGUAUUGGAGCCCCACCAAUCUCAUACUGAUGAAUGGCAAGUGAUAAAAUAACAAAACACGCAUUAUUUACCUGCUCAAUAACACACUGCUUCAGUGCUGUAGUUUCUGUCCUCUUCAUAUGGUCUUUGUUUACGGGACUGUAGUGUUGACAUCACGUCAACACAUGAUGUCUGCAGCCAGUCACCGGCCUCAAAGGUGCUCUGUCAAAACCCUACUGCAAAAUCUGCAUUUUACAAUUGCAGAUUUUGCAGCUUCACCCUGGAUUUGUGGAUGAAUUCCACCGCAGGGAAAUGUACUAUUACAUGCUGGACAUGGCUAAGCAUGUAAUAUAUGGAAGGACAGUCAAAAGCCACCGCUUGAUAGUGGCAGUUGUUUCUGGCUAAAGGCGGGUAGUCUCAAGUAAGGGACCCCUAUGAUGUUCAUAUCAUUUAAUAGGGCAUGUGCAAAUGGAUUAUUCUGGGGGGGGGACAGCCCUUUUAGUAUUGUUCCUUUCCCUUAUGUGCCUUUAAAGAUCUGUUUUUCACAGAUUUAAUUUUCUAACUUUCAACUUUUCUGAUUGCUUGCUUUGUAAAGCAACACUAAUUUGGACUCUGAUACAUAAAGUGCAACAACAGUGCUCACAUGAUGAUCAGUCAUAUCCCAAAUAUUCUCAGCUGUUGUAAAUUCCUUCCAGUUCUACUCCAGAAUCAUCGAACAAUAUGAAUGACGAUGUCAUCUCAACUAACAUUGUAUCUGAGGGCUUCACAAAAAUGUUCAACAUUACCAUGCUUUGGUAAUAACUGAAAUAAAACAGCUGUUGACUCACUGCCAUAUUCUGUAGAUUGUUUCACUGCUACAAUGUUGAAAACUUGAAAUGCAGAUUGAGGUUUCUACUGGAUAGAAGCCUUGUAAAACAUACAAGAUAGAAUUUUUACUUUUAACAGGUGUGUCUGGCAUUACUCAAAGCAUCUUGGCAUUCUCUGUUUGACUGGCAUUCUCAAACAUUUUAAAAUAACUAUCUUGAAGCAAGAAAUAAAUCUCUUAUUCAUUUAAAAAUGUAUGGCAGACAGCAGUGUGUUGAACCCCCCCCCCCCCUCCCCCCCUCAAUAACCCUUCCAUUUACCUGCCAUUCCAGAGACUUGGCUCAAAAUGGUCUCUGCUGGACCAGAAGUCAUGGAGACCUGCUUUUGUUCAGGAGACUGCUGCUGCUAAUCAAUGGCCUCAGCACUCACCUGCACAACAAUGGCAGUAACAUGCCAUUCUUGCACAUGUCAGGCCUCUGAUUUGGCUGCUGCGGUCUCAUGACCAAAAACAGGCCCCUGUCAUUUCUGGUCCACUAAGGAGGGAGCUAUGGGAAGGUGAGUGAGGGCUUAUGUUUUCAGCAAACUGCUACAAAAAUAGUUGUAUGACUUGUAAGUUAGACCAGGAGCCAACGUUUGGUAAUUAUUCUUAUUGGCCCCCUUUCAUGUUUUGCUCAUAUUUUGCACUUUCAGCAGGAAAUUCUUCUACAAAUUGUUAGGGAAACCAUUAAUGUAUUAUUGCUUGAAAAUGUUGACAAAUGAAAUGAAAGUUACUGAAAAGCUAAUUCAAAAGUAACAAGCACCACAUCUGUUCUUCCUGUCACUUUUACAAAAACAGCAGCUGUAACAGAACAGGAAAAAACAUCAGUAUCUCUAGAAGGAGAGUUUUGUAGCAUUGCUGAGCAGGACCUUUCCAUCUGUUUUGCUUAUAGGAGCUAAAUACCUGUACUUACGGGUAGAUGCUGCCACCUGUUUUUUUUUUUUAAACAUCGUUCCUAUGUCCCACUGUGCCCUUCUGAAGUUUUCGCGCUCAGUAUCCUAAUACUGAGCAUGGGAACAGAGAGGAGGAGAUACCAGGGUUUGUCAAUGGGCGUCUCCUUCUCCCUGGCUGUGUCACCAAUCACAUCAAAGAGCGUCACAGCCAGAGUGGCAGCAUCAGGUAUUUAGCUCCUAUAUGUAAAACAGAUGAAAGGUCCUCUUUAAGGCUUUCCAUGGCUGUAUUAUUUUGGUAAAAACACCUGCCAGAUCUUAUUUUUUAAAGGUGUAAUGUUUUUGAUUUGGGCUUUUAUGGCAUAUUUUAGCAAUAUGCAGCAUGUUCUGCGUGUGCCAUUUUUUCAUACAGGCUUCUCUAUAGGACUUA